CCGGCGCCAAGAGAGGCUUCUUCGACGCCGUUGGGGCCAAACCACAAGAUUAUGAUCGGAGGCAGCAAGAGGACAGGGAAGGGUGUGCACCUGUGCACAGCAGCAGAGACCCCCAGGGGAGAGCUGCUGUUGUUCCGGUAGUCGGUUGGCCUCCAGUCCGAUCCUUCAGGAGAAACCUCACAAAUGGAACUUCAUCUAAGCAAUCCCCCGAGCGACAAAACGUCGAGGCCACCGACAGAGCGAAGCCGGUCUGCAAGAAGAAACCGCUUAUCAAGAUCAACAUGGAUGGGAUACCUAUUGGAAGGAAAGUAGACCUCGCAUCAUGCGACAGCUACCAUAAGCUCUCAACUGCCGUCGAAGAGUUGUUCCAAGGCUUCCUUGAAGCCCAGAAGGAUUUAUCUUUUGAUGAAAGCGGAGUGCGAGGAGCAGAAGAGAAAAUAUUUUCAGGGUUGCUGGAUGGAACCGGUGAAUACGCUCUAGUGUACGAAGACGACGAAGGGGACAGGAUGUUGGUCGGAGACAUACCAUGGAGUGUGUUUGUUUCAACUGCGAAGAGACUGAGGGUCAUGAGGAGGUCAGAGCUUCCCCAGCGUAUGCUAAGUAGUGGAGCUAACUCAACGAAAGUAGCAGAUUGCUGAAAAUGAGGGUGCAUGCAUUUCCAUGGCGCAGACCGCAGUUCAUCACAUUUUUGGAGAUCGCCCGUCUUUAGUUUGUAGUGAUGAAUCUAAUAAGGAGAAGAAAAAAAAAGCAUCUCGCAGUUGCAGCUACAGAGGACACGCUGCAUAUCUUGUAAAUUACCCUACUCUUUGUUUGAAUGUAGUGUUGGUCAGUGCAAUGGUAAAUGUUCUAGGUUUAUUAAAAAGCGUCGCGCCGAAAGUGCCGUGUUCCACGUGUUGCGACAGUUCUCUACUUAAUUGCACUCAAUGCAUGAUGCAAA